AUGAUUGACUGCCCGCGGCUGCUUCUUGCUGCCGCGAGCUCCGCCCCCGGCCCCUCGUCCGCCGCUUGCCGGAGGUUCGCCACCGGGUGCCCUCCCUUCUCCCUUUCAUGCCGCGGCCGCCUUUCUUCUUUCCCUGUGCAAUCUGCAUCCUCUGGGGCGGGGAGCCAGUCGAGCGUCGUGGAUGAGCCGGAGGCCGUCGAAUGGGCCAUGCAGGACUUCUACGCUUUGCGCAAGGAUGUUGAGUUGGCCGUAGAGCGUGUCAAUGAAGUCAGGCAGGAUGCUGGACUGGAACAGCUUCUGGAGGAAAUCGCUUCACUGGAGAACAAGUCUGGAGAUAGCACCUUGUGGGAUGAUCCUUCCAAGGCACAGGAGUUGCUUGUUGCUCUCACAGAGCUCAAAGAGAAAGUCAAACUUCUUAACGAUUUCAAGUCGCAGGUUGAAGAAGCGGAUACCAUUGUGCAGCUUACAGAGGAGUUAGACUCCAUAGACACAGGCCUUCUUGAGGAGGCAUCAAAGAUCAUAAAGGCAUUGAAUAAGGCACUAGAUAAUUUUGAAAUGGCACGGCUUCUUUCUGGGCCUUAUGACAAGGAAGGAGCUGUAAUUACUAUCUCUGCAGGCGCUGGUGGCACCGACGCCCAGGAUUGGGCUGACAUGUUGCUCAGGAUGUAUGUGAGGUGGGGAGAGAAGCAGCGCUACAAGUCAAGAGUGGUAGAGAAAUCCCCUGGCGAGGAGGCUGGAAUAAAAUCAGCAACAGUUGAAUUAGAGGGAAGAUAUGCCUAUGGGUAUCUCUCAGGAGAGAAAGGGACACACAGGAUCGUCCGCCAGUCUCCAUUCAACGCUAAAGGCCUUCGACAGACCAGCUUUGCUGGUGUUGAGGUCAUGCCUCUUUUACCAGAGGAAUCCUUGGAUGUAGAAAUUCCUGAAGAGGAUCUGGACAUAAGUUUUACGAGAGCUGGAGGUAAAGGAGGCCAGAAUGUGAACAAAGUGGAGACUGCUGUUCGCAUGGUCCAUAUCCCCACUGGCAUUGCCGUCCGUUGUGCAGAGGAGAGGAGUCAGCUGGCUAACAAGAUAAAGGCCCUAAGACGGCUGAAGGCAAAGCUUCUGGUGAUCGCCGAGGAGCAGCGUGCGUCGGAGAUCAAGCAGAUCCGUGGUGAUGCGGUGAAGGCGGAGUGGGGGCAACAGAUACGCAAUUAUGUCUUCCACCCCUAUAAGCUCGUCAAGGACGUCCGGACGGCAUGCGAGACGUCGGACAUCAGCGGUGUGAUGGAUGGCGAGCUGGAUCCCUUCAUCAAAGCCUACCUUCAGUAUAAGCUCUCUGCUGCUGCCGAGGAGCACAGCGUCAAAUGA